CAUUGGAGACUCUUCAUGCUUAGCAGCAAAAUGGCCGCCCGUCUACAGACUGACUCCACAGCGCUUUGAAAUUGAACAUUUCUGCAUAUUUUUGCUUUACUCGGCAGCAAUCAAACUACUUGUUUACAAGCCGGUGGCGCGUUGCGCGUGUAUUUUCAUGAUAGUUUCAUUUACUUGACGUACCCGCUCAGGCGUCGCGGUUCUUGUAGCUUCGACGAAUGCCUCAGAAAGCUAAAAAGAAAAAACGCACUGAAGCACUUUAGCAGAAAGCUCGCUAGCUUUUCUUCAUAUGUGAUUGCUGAGAAGAAACGACUGGAGCAGUAGUUCAUGGAAGACAAGAAAAGGAAGAAAGAAGACAAAAGGAAAAGGGAAGCCUCUCAGAAGGUUACAGAGCAAAAGAACAAAGUACUAGAUUUGACCAAGCAGGCAUCUGCCCAUCCUCCUGCCACUCAGAGCAUCUCUGCCUCCCCCAGCCCUGGACCCAUCCCUUCUGCAUCACCGUCUCCAGCCACUUCAGGCCCUGGCUGUGCUGCCGCCCAGUCACAGGGUGGUAACAAUGCCAAGCGCCUCGCUGUGGCCAACGGACAGCCCGCCUCCGCCGCCAGUUCUUCCUCUGCCGCAGGCAGCGCAAGCGUUCCAGGAAACGGGAAUACAAGUAGCGGAGGUGCGGGCCAGCAGCAACCUCGCUAUAUGCCGAGAGAAGUGCCACCGAGAUUCCGCUGCCAGCAGGACCAUAAAGUGCUACUGAAAAGGGGUCAGCCGCCACUGUCCUCCAUGCUGCUGGGAGGGGGAGGCGGAGGAGGAGCAGGGGAAGGCCCCAAUGCAAACACAGCUGCUGUCUCAGACUCUGGUGUGGCUACCUCCUCAUCAGCUCUCACCUCAUCAUCCGUUGCUGCUUCGACCACUACUUCUAAUUAUGCAAAUUCCAUGUGGGGCACAAGCUUAGGCAGCCAGGCCUCCUCUCAGGGCAGGGAGAAGGUGAUUGUAGAUGGGAAUGACCUGGAAGAGUGGCCCAGCAUUGCUGGAAGUGAUGGUGGAGGAGCCUCUUUCACUGUGGCUGGAGGGGGGAGCGGCGGAAGCAGCAGCACCAACAACGGGAUGCCUGUGAAUAGCACCAGUGCCUCUGGCAGCCAGUCCACUUCCUUGUUCUCUUUGCCCAAUGAAUGUACGCAGUCGUCCAGUAGUGUGGCGUGGGGGACGGCUGCCGCCCAGGGCCAUGUUGGAGGAGGAAACGCAGUAGCUUCAGCUGGGCCUGUAUUACAGCAGUCCUCCAAAGCCGCCACCGUGCCGGGAAGCCACGAUGCCGGUGGCCUCGUCGAUGGCAGCGGUGGGAUUCCGGGUGCCAACUUUAAUCCAAAUGCCAACCCUUCGGCCUGGCCAGCCUUAGUGCAACAGGAUGGGCCUGGUGUCGCAGGGGAAGGAGGCUCAUCUUCCUUCCAUCAUCAGGGUCCCGCGGGGACUGUAUCUGCCAACAAUUCUGCUUCCGUAGGGCUAAAGGCUGGGCCGGUCGGGGUGCUAGGGGGUCACCAAGCUUUGUCUGUGAAUCAAUCAAGCACUCAUCAGCACCAACUUCACCAAAUGCAAUCCAGAGACAGAGAGAUGGGAGCGGGGAAGUGGGAUAGUGAAUCAGCGGGACCAAAAAUUGCAGGAGAGGAAGGAGUCGCGGGAGGAACAGGAGGUGGCGGGGACCACAAUCUUUCUUCCUCGUGGAGGGGCCAGCCCUCUUACCCUGCAUCCAAUUCCAAAAUGGGUGCCUCAAGGACUGACGGAUGGGAGGGCAGAGACGGUGGCGUGGGGGCAUACAGAGCUGCUGAAGGGGAUAACGGGUCCGCGGGUUGGGGUUAUCCGGGGGCCUCUGGUGGGGUUAAUACAUGGGGUAGUGCUAAAACUGGAGCAAAUGAUAGUCAAACUGGGGUAUCUCAGGGAGGGUGGGGGACAUCCGGAGUAGGAGCGGAAAAAGGGGUGUCUAGUGUCGACUGGGGUGCGAGUUCGUCUGGAGCUAAUCCCGGAGAAGUCACGGGAGGAGCCUGCAGUAGUAACAGCAGCAGUAGCGGAUGCAGCACAGCUGGCAAUCCACCUGUCACCUCAACUAUUAUGAACAGAGCUUGGGACAAUCAGAAAGGAGAAGGAGAAACAGGGGAGUGGUGUGAGCACGGAGCACGUGGAGGAUCUUUAUCCAGUGGUGGCAAUUCCAGAUCCGAAAGGGAAUAUAACGGCAGUCGUCCCCGGCGUCAGCCACCUGAUACUGAAGCUGCCUUACAGAACCUGCUCAGCCGUCCUGAUCUCGAUCCACGGGUACUCUCAAACACAGGCUGGGGCCAAACGCAGAUUAGACAAAACACAGCUUGGGAUCUUGAUAAUCAAGCGGAACACAAUAAGAGUGCGAAACACUCAGCCUCUCUGGGAAAUUCUUCUCAGUAUUCCUCUGCACCCAGACUCCUGACCGGUGAUUCUAACGGACCUGGGGUCCACCCUCCCUUGCUUUCAUCUGCCGGCUCCUCUGGAGAGGGCUGGGAGACGAGCAGCAGCAGCAGUAGCAGUGGUGGAGCCUCUUUAACCGGUAGAGCCCCACCUCCGUCAGGCCCCAAUAUGAGUAAUCUUGGCGUCUCACAAUCUGCUCCCGUGGUCACAGGAGGUACCGGCGGUGGGUCGGGACCGCUAGGACAUAACCAGCCAGGGAAAGCCACUGGCUGGGGUACGGGAGGAAUGGGUGCUGUGGAUAAUCAGGAGACCAAAGGGUGGGGCAAUGAAGAAUGGAGAACCAAUAGAGGAAACGGGAGUGGUUGGGGCGGUUUGGGGCAACAAGGUAACCCAAGCUGGGGAGGAAAUGACGAGAGGGGAGCUGGGUGGAAAGAAAUGGGUGGGGAAGGGCGAGGAAGUGGGUGGGGCUCAGGGCAGAAGGUUGGGACAGGUAGGGACUGGGGCGAGCAGGAUUCCAAAUCUAAUAGCAGCGGGGGUUGGGAAGGCGAAUCGAAGAGCGGAGGGAGGAACUCAGGUGGGGAUUCGGGCGCGGGCGGUUGGGGAAGCUGGGACGACGAAACUCCACGGAGAACAUGGGGCGCGGGAGGGAGCGGAGCGGUCGGAGUUCCUGGCUCCAAAGCCCAUCAAAGCUGGAGCGGAGGAAAUAAAAUGCAUCAGAUGCCAAACAGCCAGUCAGGCUCAAUCACAGGCCUACAGGCACAACUGCAACAGCAACAAUCACAACCCCGUAAUCAGCCUCCACAGCUGCAACAAGCAUUGGACCAAGGGGCUAUGCAAGGGGGCACUGGGAGAAAAGCAAUCUCCCAAACCCAGAACCAAAGCUCAGGCUGGACCUCGGGGCCCAUCCCGGCAUGUCACGGAAGUGGAUCCGAACCCAGCGGUUGGGAGGAACCCUCCCCGCAGUCUUUAAGCAGGAAAAAUGAAAUAGACGACGGAACAUCAGCGUGGGGAGACCCGACACAUUACAACUACAAGCCAGUUAAUCUGUGGGACAAGAACAGCAACCCCGCUGGUCAGACUCCACAACAACAGGGACCUUCACCUCCGACACAGCAGCUAAACAGACCUGCUGCGGGACCUCCGGGUAGCAGGGACUUCAACACUGCACACGGACAAGGAAAGGCCACAACAAUUGGUUCUUCAGGUUGGGGUGGUACGCCUCCAGCGAGUCCCACAGUAGAUAAUGGCACAGCUGCGUGGGGAAAACCUACAGAUGCACCUUCUGGCUGGGGGGAACCUGAUGACGCCGUGGGAAAAACAGGAUGGGGAAACCCGCCUCCCAAUUCCCUCAAAUCUGGCUCAAAGUCUAUGCAGGACAGCUGGGGGGACAAAGAUGGCUCUGUGACAGCGUCACGUCACUCGAGCUGGGAGGAAGAGGAGGAGGGCGGGAGCAUGUGGAACAGCGCCGGCUCCCAGGGUAGCGGGUCGUCUUGGGGACAGGGUAGCACUGGUGGCUGGGGACAGAGCCACAAUGUCAAGAAGGCUAGCAACAAGGGCCCGCUCAAGGUUGGUGGAGAUUCCUGGAUGAACCCAAUCAACCGACAAUUUUCAAAUAUGGGGCUUCUGAAUGAUGAUCAGACCGGACCAAACAUCGACCUGGCAUCAGGCGCUCUCCAGGAGAAAAAAGUAGAUAUGGAGAAACGAGCCAUGGGAAUGAUGGAUUACAACGGAGACAUGAGGAAAGGAAGAGGGGGAGGCGGCAUGGCUUAUCGUUCACCCGUUUCCAAAGAGGCAGCACCUGGGGAUACUGUUUCUUUUUAUGACAAGACCUUGCUCUUGAACAAUCAGGAUGGGUACCUUGGGGAGGACGCUCCUUGCUCUUUGUUCUCACCACCCACUGCCUUCAAGCCCCAUUCCCUCUUCAAUCACACUAUCCCCUUUAGACAAGGUGGCCACAGUCUCCUUGGCAGUAGUGGAGGGAUGUCUCAGCCCAGACACCAGCCAACCAAUGUUCCACCCGUGAACCAGUCCCCAGGGAUACGAGCACAAGUGCCUCAUCAGUUCCUGUCACAGCAGGUGCCAGGCUCCAUGCUGAAGCAGAUGCCCCCUCCCAGCGGGAGCGUGGGGGGUGUUGGUAAUGUUGGAGGAGUGGCGGGAGUCGGCGGCGGUGUGUUCCCUCCGCAGCUAUCCCCCCAGCAUAUUGCCAUGCUCAGCAGCAUUUACCCACCGCACAUCCAGUUUCAAUUGGCUUGUCAGCUCCUCCUCCAGCAGCAACAGCAGCAGCCUCAACAGCAGCUGCUGCAAAACCAGAGGAAGUUCACGCCGAAUGUGCGGCAGCAAGCUGACCCUCAACAGUUGGCCAGGAUCAUGGCCAUACUCCAGCAACAACGGCAGCAACAGCAAGUCGGGAGUUUGGGUGGAAACAUCAAACUCUCCCCCUCCCACCAUGGAGGAAGUGGUGCCAAAUUACAUGGGGCGGACUCCCUGCCCCACCAUGGCCUGGCGGGAUCUGUGGCUGACCUGCACCAGAAAACGCUUGGACCCUACUCUAGCUUUAGUUCUGGUAUGAACCUCACAGGUCUGGACCUGGGUGGCUCCGCGGUCGGGGCGCCUGGCACUAUCAAGGACAUGGGAGGUCAACAAUCUCGCUUCAAAUGGAUGAUGGAGGGGCACUCCUCCCCAGACACAUCAUCACCUGAAAAUGCAUUCCACAAAAAUGGUCCAGUCACCCCCAUGAAGAUGCCGGGGGGCACCCCCUACUCACAGUACGAUAUGAUUGUCGGAGACGCACAAGGCAGCACCAAUUGGCAUCGCACUCCUGGCAAGAUGAGUACCAAGCCCAGCACCACGCCCAGUUGGCCCCCAGAGUUCCAGCCUGGCGUUCCCUGGAAAGGAAUCGAUCGGGUUGACCCCGAAUCGGAUCCUUACAUGACGCCAGGGAGCAUGAUGGGAAACACCGCCUCUCCAGGCCUCAAUGACACUGAGCACCAGUUGUUACAAGACAAUACCGAUUCCAUCCCUCCCCUCAACACCUUACUGCCUUCACCGGGUGCCUGGCCCUACAGUGCCUCAGAUCCCCUUAACAACGCACAUAACUCAGCAAAGUACACAGACUAUAAGACUGGAUGGCCCCCCGAGCCCAUUGGACACAAGUCUUGGAAAGCCAGUCGCGGUAGCAACCAGGCGCAGCUGUCCCGCCCACCUCCGGGCUUAGCCAGUCAGAAACAGAUAUCGCCUACGCCGUGGUCUGGCGGUGCCCCCCGACUCACCGGCAGAGGGUGGAGCAGUGGCUCAGGCACCGCUGGCACAGCGUGGAGCGAUGGCAGCUCUCGGGAAGGUUGCUGGUUGGUGCUCAGCAAUCUCACACCACAGAUUGAUGGCUCCACGCUUCGAACCAUCUGCAUGCAACAUGGCCCGCUGCUGACCUUCCACCUGGGAUUGACCCAGGGCAGUGCACUUAUCCGUUAUGGUUCCAAACAGGAAGCAGCCAAGGCCCAGAGUGCCCUCCACAUGUGUGUUCUGGGCAACACCACCAUCUUGGCCGAGUUUGUGAGUGAAGAGGACGUGGCCAGAUACAUUGCACAUUCCCAGGCCGGAGGGUCGGGGAACGGCAGCGCUAGUUCAGGCGCUACUGUCCCUCCGUCCUCUGCGGCGGGGACUAAAGAAAGCGCGGGAGCCUGCGAGCUUACGCCGGCGGCAUCGGCAGCAGGAGGCGGCGGAACAGGGGGCGGCGGCGAGGGAGGCUCUUCGGCAGGUACGACCGUGCCGGCCGGACAUUCGGAAUCCACGUGGCAGAGCUUGGAAGGCGCGGGCAGCUCGUCAGAACAGUCCGCCGCGCCCGGUUUGGGCAUCUUCUCCCAGUGGAGCAGCAACAGCGCCAACGUGGUGGCGGCCGGAGGGGUGGAGGCGGGAAGGCAAGGUUUAUGGGGGGGUAUGAGCGGGGCGGGGUACCCCAGCAGUAACCUGUGGGGAUCGCCGGCACUUGAAGAUCGCCAUCAGAUGGGAAGCCCGGCUUCACUGCUGCCAGGGGACCUUCUGGGAGGCGGGGCCGACUCAGUCUGAAGCGAUCACGUUGAAAAAUCAAUCGUCACCACAUCACGCUCUAUUUAUUUCCACACACAUGAUGUGAAUUGAAGCUACACUGGUCUCCCGUCAAGGCUACAUGCAAUAUUCUGUUUUUUUCCCCCCCUCACACAUGAACGCAUCCAAGUUAAAUGAAGACCACAGUGAAACUUGAAGCGGGGGGCAGGGGGAGGACCUCUCGGACCGAACUGGGUAGUUCUGUCUUUUUACUCCACGACCCGAUCACUCAGGCAUGUACUGCGACGGGCUCCGCCGAGCCUCGCGUCAACACGUUUAGCUCUCGCUCUUCUUUGUGUGCCACAGUUGUCUUCCCCGCCGCCCCUCCUCCUUUUGUAUUUAAUGUCCACGACUUGCAGACUGAGCCUUCUUUAGACCCGGCGUACUUAAGUUCUCAUGUUCGGAAGCUCGAUAAAAGGAUCUGAAGUGUGUCGGGUAACGGGGGAUGACGGCACCUCGCUCGCUCUCAACUGGACCAGUGGCAACUUAAAGGAGUAGAGGAGCUUUCCCCCCAAACACCCUUUUUACCGACACCUCUACCUUGGAGGAAAUGCCAUCAACAUGGGGCCCAGGGUUUUAAAAAAAAAAAAAAAAACUUAGCCAAACUUGCACUAUAUGCCUCUGGGGUUUGUUGUUGACUCAUCCAAUACAAAUCCCUCCACAACUCGACACCGACCUUACAGGACGACUCGUAAUGUUACAUCAGCAGUGGCCUUGGCCCACUCUCACACUCACCUACCAAUUACACACUGCUCUUUGUUUGACAAGCAAAACUUUCCUCCGUGAAGUUGGCCCCCGAUUAGAUCCAAAUUUAUAUAAAAUGGCAAACGUUUGUGCUACUGUUUUUUUUUUUUUUUUUUUUUUUUUACUUAUUUACAAUUCUUUCCUAGGUCAAUAUGAGGUCAACCAUUGAUCAAAAAUGGUGUCAAUCGUUUGCUUUGUUUGUGCUUCAAUGGUUUUGUAGAUAUUAUGCCGAAUGGAACCACAACGAUGCCAUUCCUUUGUGCUAGGCUAGCGCUCAUUUGUGCUGUAAAAAUUUCCGUUUGUGCCGCGAUCGUUUUAUCGAUAUUGGGCUAUUUCGAGUGAUGUCACUCGCAGCUUUUCCAUCUUCUAACUCUAACUCCCGCGUCUGACGGAGCGUACCAACUCUCUCAAUAACAGAGGAGUGUCCCGACAACUAGCACAAACGAAUGACACCAGUUAGUAUGUGGUGCGCACCAGAUAGUAUGUGGUUAGCACUACAAACUAUCUGAUACGCAUCAGGUAGUAUGUGGUGCCGAACCGAUAUUAUGUGGUGCGCACCAGUUCGUAUUAGGUGUGCACAAGAUAAUAUGUGGUGCACAACAAGUCGUAUGUGGUUAGCACUACUAACUCUAUAGUGCACUCCAGGUGUUAUGUGGUGCGCACCAAAUGCUCACCAGAUAUUGUGUGGUGCGCUCCAGAUAGUAUGUGGUGCGCAACAGACAGUAUGUGGUUAGCACUACAAACUAUUUGGUGCGCACCAGAUCGUAUUUUGUGUGCAAAAGAUAGUAUGUGGUGCGCAACAAAUAGUAUGUGGUUAGCACUAUAGUCUGUGGUGCACACUGGAUAGUAUGUGGUUAGCACUACAAACUAUCUGAUACGCACCAGGUAGUAUGUGGUGCCCAACCGAUAUUAUGUGGUGCGCACCAGUUCGUAUUAGGUGUGCACAAGAUAAUAUGUGGUGCACAACAAGUCGUAUGUGGUUAGCGCUACUAACUCUAUGGUGCACUCCAGGUAGUAUGUGGUGCGCACCAAAUGCUCACCAAAUAUUGUUUGGUGCGCUCCAGAUAGUAUGUGGUGCGCAACAGACAGUAUGUGGUUAGCACUACAAACUAUUUGGUGCGCACCAGAUCGUAUUUUGUGUGCAAAAGAUAGUAUGUGGUGCGCAACAGAUAGUAUGUGGUUAGCACUACAAACUAUUUGGUGCGCACCAGAUAUUGUGUGGUGCACACCAGAUAGUUUGUGGUUAGCACUACAUAGUAUGUGGUGCACACCAGAUAGUAUGUGGUUAGCACUACAAACUAUCUGAUAAGCACCAGAUAGUAUGUGGUGCCCAACCGAUAUUAUGUGGUGCGCACCAGUUCGUAUUAGGUGUGCACAAGACAAUAUGUGGUGCACUACAAGUCGUAUGUGGUUAGAACUACUAACUCUAUGGUACACACCAGGUAGUAUGUGGUGCGCACCAAAUGCUCACCAGAUAUUGUGUGGUGCGCUCCAGAUAGUAUGUGGUGCGCAACAGAUAGUAUGUGGUUAGUACUACAAACUAUCUGAUAAGCACCAGAUAGUAUGUGGUGCCCAACCGAUAUUAUGUGGUGCGCACCAGUUCGUAUUAGGUGUGCACAAGACAAUAUGUGGUGCACUACAAGUCGUAUGUGGUUAGAACUACUAACUCUAUGGUGCACACCAGGUAGUAUGUGGUGCGCACCAAAUGCUCACCAGAUAUUGUGUGGUGCGCUCCAGAUAGUAUGUGGUGCGCAACAGAUAGUAUGUGGUUAGUACUACAAACUAUUUGGUGCGCACCAGAUCGUAUUUUGUGUGCAAAAGAUAGUAUGUGGUGCGCAACAGAUAGUAUGUGGUUAGCACUACAAACUAUUUGGUGCGCACCAGAUAUUGUGUGGUGCACACCAGAUUGUUUGUGGUUAGCACUACAUAGUAUGUGGUGCACACCAGAUAGUAUGUGGUUAGCACUACAAACUAUCUGAUAAGCACCAGAUAGUAUGUGGUGCCCAACCGAUAUUAUGUGGUGCGCACCAGUUCGUAUUAGGUGUGCACAAGACAAUAUGUGGUGCACUACAAGUCGUAUGUGGUUAGAACUACUAACUCUAUGGUGCACACCAGGUAGUAUGUGGUGCGCACCAAAUGCUCACCAGAUAUUGUGUGGUGCGCUCCAGAUAGUAUGUGGUGCGCAACAGAUAGUAUGUGGUUAGUACUGCAAACUAUUUGGUGCGCACCAGAUCGCAUUUGGUGUGCAAAAGAUAGUAUGUGGUGCGCAACAGAUAGUAUGUGGUUAGCACUACAUAGUAUGUGAUGCACAACAAGUCGUAUGUGGUUAGCACUACUAACUAUGAUGCACACCAGGUAGUAUGGGGUGUGCACCAAAUGCUCACCAGGUAUUGUGUGGUGCGCUCCAUAUACUAUUUGGUGCGCACCAGAUCGUAUUUGGUGUGCAAAAGAUAGAAUGUGGUGCGCAACAAAUAGUAUGUGGCUAGCACUACAAACUGUCUGGUGCGCACCAGAUAUUGUGUGGUGCACACCAGAUAGUUUGUGGUUAGCACUACAUAGUAUGUGUUGCAUACCAGAUAGUAUGUGGUUAGCACUGCAAACUAUCUGGUGCACACCAGAUAUUAUUUGGUGCGCAACAGAUGUUAUGUGGUGCGCACCAGAUGCACACCAGAUCUUAUUAGGUGUGCACAAGAUAGUAUGUGGUGCGCAACAAAUAGUAUGUUGUUAGCACUACAAACAAUCUGUUGUGCAUCAGUUUGUUUCUACUGUGCACCACAUACUAUGUGGUGCGCACCAGAAUGUUUAAAUUUCUUUCUUUCCUUUUGGGGCUACGUACAAAAUGGACACAAAGUACUCCCAUUUGUGCUAGUGCGCUAGUUAUCGGGACACCCCUCUGUUUUUGGGAGUUGGUACGCUCCCUAGGCGUACUAUCACAAACGAACAACACCACUUUGACUUCGGGUCCAUUUUGCGCCCCCCAUUUACUGCAAAUUGGACCCAAUGUGGUGUCAUUUGUUUGUUCUAGUACUUGGGAUACCCCCCUGUUAUUGAGAGAGUUGGUACGCUCCGCCAGUCGCCGGAUUUAGGAUACGAAAGAGCUGUGAUUGACGUCAUCACUCGAAAUAAAUAGCUCAAUAUCUGUAUAACAAUCGCAGCAAAAACGAAUGGCACUAUUUCGGUUCCAUUUUGCACGAAAUGAGGGGGCUGCAUGACGUCAUCACUACAAAUGAAAAGAUUACCUACAAAACCGUAGCAGCACAAACGAUAGACACCAUUUUUAAUCAAAAUGGGGGCCCGGUUGAUCUUGGAUUAACCUAUUAAAAAAAAAAAGUCUCAAAUAUGAUAGCAGCACAAACGAUUGACAUCAUUUUUAUAUAAAUUUGCGUCUGAUGGGUGGGGCCAACUUCACGGUGGUGUGAAACGUUGAUCUCCGUGCGGAUGUCCAUCAAUUUUCUCUCCGUUUGAAGAGAAACUUUGCAGAGAUCUCAUUGUUCCCCAAACACUGACCUCGCUAUUGUAUUUUUUGUUUUCCUCGUUCAAAGAAAUCAAGUUGGUUGUUAUUAUUCGAUAUUGUCCCGAUGUUAACGACGACUACGGUCACUUAUUUACUUGCUGUUCAAGGUGCCCUCCUUUGCCUGCCUUGUGUGUGCAUGACAGAAGCGUCGACGGUAUGACCGAACGGAGGACGUAGAAGGUGACGACGCUAGUUUAUCCGAGUGUGUAAGCGCGUGUGUUCUAUUGCUACAAUGUUGAAUGUGUUUUGCUUUGUUUUGUCCAUGAGAGAUUCAUCCGAGCGCACUCGGCUUUGGAACACUUAUCUGCUUCAGUCAGGGAAGUGAAUAGAUGUUUAUCUGACAGCUUGGCUUUUUGGAGAAUGAAUGCGUUUGUACGUUCAUGAGUGAGUGCGUGCGUGACCACCAGACAUUGUGAUAGCUGAAAAGUUCAAAAACAUUGGCACUAUUACAGACGUCUCUUAAAUUUUGUUUUUUUUUAGCAGUGUUUUGUUCAUGUUUGUGUUUUUUUUUUUUUUUUUUGUCAAUUGAAAGAUUUGUUUUUAAGACAAAGCAACCAACUGAAGGCAUUUGUAUUCAAAUGCCCAAAUCCGAGCUCGGCUGGAAACUGUGUUUUACGGACACGUUAAAAGACAGUAGCUGUUAUGUUUUACUAUUUUUUUCUGUUUUGUUUUGUUUGGAUGUUAUGUAUCAAUUUAAAUUAAGUCUGUCUUUAUCACUCCUGUUCAGGAUGUUUUUGUUUAUUUCAGAUGUUACAAAAAGGAGAGGAAAUUAAUUUAAAGUGGAGAAGAACAAGAUAAUAAAGGUUCAAAUGAGGUCUUUUGCUGUUUUUUAAUUUUCUGUGCCUAAAAAGAGAAUUCAUUCAAAUUUACCUUGAGGCUGCUUGAUUAGACCUUUCCAGCUUGUACGUACAGGUACUCAGUAAUGAAAGUUCAGCAGGACCAACAACCAAAGGAGGUAUUUGCCAUGUGGCGAAAUCGAUUUUGCCAUGUUUUUGCCACGUAUCGCAAAAUUGUUUUGCCACAUGGAAAAAUCGAUUUUCCCACAUGGCAAAAAAAAAUGCCACAUUGCAGAAAAGAAAAAAAAAGCCACAUAGCAAAUAAAUGCCACAUGGCAAAAUACAUUUUGCCACAUGGCAAAAAAAUACCGCAUGGCAAAAUACAUUUUGCCACAUGGCAAAAAAAAAUGCCGCAUGGCAAAGUCCAUUUUGCCACAUGGCAAAAAAAAAUGCCGCAUGGCAAAGUCCAUUUUGGCACAUGGCAAAAAAAUGCCACAUGGCAAAGUCCAUUUUGGCACAUGGCAAAAAAAUGCCACAUGGCAAAAUCCAUUUUGCCACAAUGUUAAAAAAAAAUGCCACAUGGCAAAAUCCAUUUUGCCACAA